AACACACGUCCAGUCGAUACCGUUCGUCGUUAGAGUAACAUAUAAAGCCGUGUGUGUGUCCUUUGUUCGAGAAGCUUAGAAAGCGAGAUAAAAAAAAAAAAGGAACCAUGGAAGAAAAGAAAAUAACAGAAAUGGAGAAGAUAAUGAAUCUGAGCGCCUGCGACUUCGUAGCAGAAACGAAACAUCUCAUUAAAACCGACAAAUGUGGCAUUUUAAGCGUCUUUGUACAAGGAAAUACCCAGAUUAUCAGAGACAGAACUCCAGUUUUUCUUACCGUUCACGACAUGGGUUGUAAUCAUGCAGAAUUCCAUAACUUUGUGGAGCAUCCCUCUAUGGAAAAAAUAAGAGAACGUUCGGUGUUUUUACACGUCGAAAUACCGGGCCAAGAAUACGACGCUCCAGACUUGGACGAGAGUUUCAACUUUCCAUCUAUGCAAGAAUUGGCCGAAGAUCUCAUUUAUAUAUUAGAUUAUUUUAAUAUUAAGUAUGUUAUAACACUGGGAGAGGGAGCGGGAGCAAAUAUUCUUACGAGAUUUGCAAUGCUGUAUCCCAAUCGUGUGCUCGGAAACGUCUUGCUUCACUGUACUUCCACUGUUGCCGGAAUAAUGGAAUAUUUUAACGACAAGAUAAUUAAUUGGAAAUUGCAAACCGUGGGAAUGAAUCCUACGGCCGAGCAGUAUCUUGUAUUUCAUAAAUUUGGGGCCAUAUUGGAACAGCAAAUAGAAAAAGCCGAAGACAAAGACAAAGUUAUCAAUCUUUACAUCAAGAAAUUAAAAAGCAGACUCAAUCCUCGCAAUUUGCGUCUCUAUGUGGAUUCUUUUCUUAAUCGAAGUGACCUUUCUGGUGUUUUGAGAGAUAAAAUGAAGGUCGACACGUUACUAGUAACGGGAGCUAAGGCUUCUCACGUCCAUACCGUUCAUACCAUGCACACUCACAUGGAUCCUAAAUGGACAACUUUGCUCAAAAUUGAUGACGUUGGUGAUGUAAUGAAUGAAGUGCCGCAUCGUCUGGCACACAACAUUUUGCUCUUCUCUCAAGGACUUGGACUACUGAGUGCUCUUUCGAUUUCUCGUCAAUCUUCGUUACUCUCCUGUUCGUGAACGACUGGAAAGAGAUCGUACAUUAAUAGUUUUGCUAUGAAUUUUAGCUGAUUUUUUGUCAUUGCAUUCUAGAAUACUAGAAAACAAAAGAUCAAAUUGUUUUUUUUUUCUUUAGAAAAAAAUUCUAAAUGCCAAAAAAUUAAGAUUUUUCCCCCCAAUAGAAACAUUUUUUAAUAGUUACUUGUUUCGGACCUCUAAAGAUAAUCUAUUUACAGUAUGUUAUGCAAAAAUAAUUCAAAUAUUGCAUUAUUAAGAUUGAUGUAUUUGCAAAAGGUAUAUUAUGUGUUAAUUGUAUAGCGAUAACAUAGAAUACUUUUGCACAAAAUAUGUUAAUAGUUAAUUCUUGCAAUUUGCAGAGAAAAUAGCUCUUGUUAUCAUCAAAAUGUUACAAGUUUUAAACACAGUAGAUGUCUAACUGUUCACGUUGUCGUCUGUUUUUAUUGCAAACAGAAAUUUGUUACGAACGGCAUCAAAGUUGUGGCUUUAAUAUGCUUUCCUAUAAUUUAUGAUCAAACUUUCAUUGAUAUUUUUUACAUUUUUAGUAUAUUGUACAGCGAUAUAAUUAACUAAGAAUUUUGUGGUAUUUUUUUUUGUUUUUCUUUAAUAUAUACAUUUAUACUAUAUACAAUAAAAAAAGGAAAAAAAAAAAAA